AUGUCUCAAUCAAGUGAACAUGAAAAUGUCUCUACACAUGUUGACCUAGAUUCUGAUUUUCAAUCCAUAAGUCUAGAGACUAGUCAUCCUCUAUACUUGCAUCCAUCAGAUCAUCCUGGACAGAUCUUAGUAUCUGAAGCACUUAAUGGUGAUAAUUUUGGUGAAUGGAAACGCUCGAUGAGUCUUGCACUAUCAGCCAAGAAUAAACUUGGUUUUGUGAAUGAUAAAUACAAAGUACCAGGGAUUGAGUCUGUUUACUUUGAUCACUGGCAAAGAUGUAAUGACAUGGUCAUUACCUGGUUGUUGAAUUCCAUUGUUCCUGAAAUCAGAUCAAGUCUGGUUUAUAUUGCAAGUGCUACUAAAAUGUGGAAAGAACUUCAUGUGAGAUUCACACAGAACAAUGGACCUAGGAUAUUUGAGCUCAGAACUGCAAUGUCUUCUCUGGUUCAAGACAGACUUACUAUUUCUGCAUAUUAUACUAAGUUCAAGAAACUGUAUGAUGAUUUCACCAAUGCUAUUAAAGCUCCUGUGUGCACCUGCACUGCAAAACUUGAACAAGCUCAGCAUGAUGAGAUGAUGAAGGUCACUCAAUUCUUGAUGGGACUGAAUGAUAACUUCACUAAUAUCAGAGGUCAAUUGCUAAUGAUGAGUCCUCUUCCCUCUAUGAAUCAAGUUCUGGCACUACUUCAACAAGAAGAGAGGCAAAGGAACAUGUCACAUAGUGGAAGAUCUUCCACUGAAGCAGCUGUUCUCUUGAGCCAACAGACCUCAAACCCCUCAUCUGGCAACAGGUUUCACAAGCCACCCUUCAAGAAGAAUGAUGGCAAGUCUAACACUAAGAAAGGGAAUUUGUAUUGCACUCAUUGUCAAGGGACAAAUCAUACCAAGGAAAGAUGCUUUCAUAUCAUUGGCUUUCCACCAAAAAAGCAAGGUUCUACAGAUAAGAGAACCACAAGAUUUGCCUCAUCUUCUGAAGACAAGGUUGUAGCACAAGUUGGAACUCUUGCAGAUUCUGGACAGCAGUCUGACAACUCUCAGCAUUAG